AGGUGCAGCAUCUGAAAAAACAAGAUGUUCUUCAAGACAGCCUCUUGCGAAUCAAGGUCGUCUGCUACACGCCGGGCACUUCACCUUGUGAAGCGAGCAGAUCCAGUCCAGCUCCGCAAUGUCUUCAGUAAACAUGCGAGCAUUGAGCGGGGAGGGGAGCGUUUCAUGACGCCCGAGGAUUUCAUCAGAGGCUACCUCAACAUGCAGCCUGAGAGGAAUUACAAUCCAGAUACCCUGAAACUACUAGCUGGUGUAGCGGAUCAAACAAAAGAUGGGUUGAUAUCAUUCAUAGAGUUCCAGGCCUUUGAAGCAAUGCUCUGCUCUGCUGAUGCUACUCAUAUGGUAGCCUUUCAGCUGUUUGAUACCAAUGGAUCAGGAUUUGUCUCAUUCAAUGAAUUCAAGCAAGUUUUUAGUCUCACAGAGGUGUUCCAGAGAAUCCCAUUCAACUUUGAGUCCAGUUUUGUCAAACUUCAUUUUGGAACAGAGAAGAAGAAAGAGCUGAGCUUUGUGGAAUUCACACAGUUUCUUCAUAACUUGCAAGAGGAGCAUGCGAUGCAAGCCUUUGUCAAAAUGGAUAAGAACAAUGUAGGCAUGAUUUCUGCAUUGGACUUCAACAAACUCAUGACCACCAUCUUGGGUCACAUGCUCACCGAUUACGUCCAAGAUAACCUUGUCACAGUUGCAGGAGGAGAGACCAAACAUCUUGUCAGCUUCCCUUACUUCAAUGCUUUCAUCAGUCUACUCAAGGACAUGGAACUAAUGCAGAAAAUCUAUGAACACAUCACCAAUGGCUCACACACACAACCUGUUACAAAGGAGGAGUUUCUUCAUGCUGCCCAGCAAUAUUCUCAGAUCACCCCUAUGGAGGUAGCUAUUCUCUUUCACAUAUGUUGCCUGGAGGAAUCAGUAGGUCUUCAAAGAAUAUUUAGUCGAGAAAGUCGAGUCACGUUUGAAGAUCUGGUGAAGAUCACGCCGCCGACUGACGUCAUCAGCAAACUACAGGUGUCACAGCCCAAGGAGAAGGUGGAACGUACAGCUCUUCUAUCUGUAUUUGAGUCCAUGUACAGAUUCACUUUGGGUGCUAUAGCAGGAGCUACCGGAGCGACGGCAGUAUAUCCCAUUGAUCUGGUCAAGACUAGAAUGCAGAACCAGAGGAGUGGUCAGAUGGUCGGUGAACUCAUGUACAAGAACAGCUUUGAUUGCUUCAAGAAGGUCAUUAGGCAUGAAGGCCUCUUUGGUCUCUACAGAGGUCUUCCUCCUCAGCUGAUAGGAGUAGCACCAGAGAAAGCUAUCAAGCUAACUAUGAAUGACUUUAUGAGAGACAAAGUCAGGAGAAAGGACGGCACAUUUCCAUUCUGGGGAGAAAUGCUCGCAGGAGGAUGCGCUGGUGGGUCACAGGUUAUGUUCACCAAUCCCUUGGAGAUUGUCAAGAUUAGGCUUCAAGUAGCUGGUGAGAUUCAGACAGGUCCCAGGGUAUCGGCCAUCACUGUUCUGAAAGACCUUGGUCUUUUGGGACUCUAUAAGGGAUCAAAAGCCUGCUUCUUACGUGAUAUCCCAUUCUCUGCGAUCUACUUCCCAUGUUAUGCUCAUCUAAAAAAAUACUUUGCUGACAAAGACGGUCACAACUCGCCAGGUUCACUCCUUGUUGCUGCUACAAUUGCUGGUGCCCCUGCUGCCUACUCUGUGACGCCAGCCGACGUAAUCAAGACGAGACUGCAAGUGGUAGCCAGAGGAGGGCAGACCACCUAUUCAGGAGUGAUAGAUUGUGCUAGGAAGAUCUACAAUCAAGAGGGUUUCAGGGCAUUCUGGAAAGGAGGACCAGCUCGUAUCUUCCGUUCAUCCCCUCAGUUUGGUGUCACCCUGCUAACAUAUGAACUUCUACAGAGAGCUCUACCAUUGGACUUUGGAGGAAGCCGACCGGAGGGAUCCCAGGUGAAGGAAUCGCAUCAUCCUGCUGAUCUACCCCCAGUCAAUCCUGAACAUAUCGGUGGUAUGCAACUAGCUGUAGCAACCUUCUCUGGUGUCGAGACAAAGUUUGGUCUCUUCCUACCGAAAUUCAGAAACCUCCAAUCGCAAGCAACCUAGGAGAACUAUAGGAAUAAGCUUUUUAUCUUAACUUAAACCCAGCAUAGAGCUGGUUAUAUAAUACUUUUCAAAAAAGUAUGAAAUGAAUAUGAUAUGAUGCAAGUUUGUUUCCUUUCGGUAAAAAGGCAUGAAGGUUGGCCGUUCACGUGCGUGUUGUAUAAGAAUAGAGUAUAUACUAUAUAUUGAUCUUUUAUAUACAAAGUACACCUUAAAAAGGGGUUAUACCGGAGAACAGUCAAGAUAAAUGCUUUUAUAGUCAAGUGUUAUGAAAAAAGAUCAUAAUGAAUUCAUUCUAGUCAUAGAAUACAUGGUGUUAAAGCAGUCUUUGAUGAAGUUCAUGAAAAAUGAAAAUGACGCCAAUGAAAGAAGAAACAUCUUCUCUCGUUAUCAUCCAUGCAGAAAUUGAAUUGAAUAUAUAGCAAGGCAAGUUAAUCAUAAAAAUUAUAUGCCAUUGCUCUACAUUAAUGCCAGGAGGAUAUUUCAUAAAGCUGCUUGUAGAGUUACAAACAUUUUUACGCACUACUUAAACAUGUUUUUCUCUGCUUAGACAGCUAUUUAGGGGAUAUGUCAUUGUGCACAAGGAAGGGUCAUGAGUUGUUCGUAAAGUCAUUCAUAUAUGUAACUCAUGGAUAGCUUAUAGAAAUGACCACCUGGGCCCCGCAACACAAAGGUCAGCGAUUUAUCAUAUGCUUGAUAUUCACGAUUGAUUGUGUAUUGUAGUCUAUGCAAUCGAUCGUAGAAAAAUGUUCUACGAUCAUUGCUAACCUUUGUGUUAUGGGCCCCAGGUCUCAGUUGGCCUAGGGUGACCUUGCAGAGCCUGUUGACACAUCACAUCUUCCAUAUUUCACGAUCUCUCUUGAGAUACAAUCUCCGACUUCUUCUUCUGUGCUGGUGCAGCCCGCCCCUUAUUAUAUGAUUUCUUUGAUUCCCUACCAGCAUCCUCACCCUUCAAAUUUUGUUAAGUGGGGAAAUGUCAGAUGUGUUGAAAAUUUUCAAAAUUUGUAAACCCAUAGGCAAAUAGACCAAGAAUAGAUGGCAUCACAUGAUCACCGAAGGGGCACUUUAAGGAAGGUCUGGUUGCGAUGUUCUUACUGUUAUCGUACGGAGAUAACAAGGCCAUUGUUUGACUUCUGCACAAAAUUUGUAGGAAAUUUGGAUAUUUAAAGAUUUUUUCAUAGUUGUCAUGUGGAGAAGACCGUAAGGAUAUUGCACUGUUCUUGGUAGAGCCUUAGUACGGCCUACCCAAAUAUGGGGGGGCAUUUCAUGAAAGUUGACUUAUUAAAUUGACAGUGCUGACGAUUUCAGUAAAAUCCUUGGGUGUUGAUUGGCUGAGAAGCACUGACCUCUGAUUGUUACUAUGGUAACUGUUGGAGGAUGACAACCUUUCAGUGCAGACAACUACCAUGACACAGUCCCUUGGUCCACGAAAGAAGUCGGCACUAUGCACAUAGAUAAUGUGACCACACUGGUGUAAAAAAAAAAAAAAAACAGAAGUAAGGUUACCAUGCAUUAUCUGCAGCUAAACCACACCUGAGCGUGGCCAGUAGAUCCAUACUACCAUACCAGGACUCUUGGACAAUACAGGGCAUAUUGCAUGUGAUUGAAGUUAUUCAUGGUGAUGAGUUUGUGGAUAGUAUGAAUAAGAAUGUCAAACUGACAUUGUGAAUGUAUGCAGUUAUUUCAUUUUUGAGAAACAUUUCAAAUGUCUGUGUUUUAAACGAUUGAAAGUUUGAUUUGAAGGCUACCAAUUGAGACUUGUCCGAUUGUAUUUAGGAUAAAGUCCAUGAAAUAUUAGAGUUUGAUUUACCUUUUAAGUCAUUCAUGUCAAGAAUCGUUUAAGGUUAUAUAAACUUCCCUAAAACUGCAGUGUUUAAUUCAAAAUUGAGUUUAGAAUAGGCUUGUAUUCAUCACUUUUUCAGCAUUAGUCACAGAGCAGCAAGGAUAGUCUGAAAAUUUGAGCUACAAAGUUUCCCAACUAUUUUACCCCCUUAAGAACAUGACUUUGAGAGUCCUGCAAGGCUGGUCCUAUUCUUUGGUUUUUCCCUUCCAGUCUGCUCAGAGACUAGAAAAUAUUGGCCAAACAGAUUGUUUUUCACCUCCUACAACCUCCACUCCCUAUGUUCUAUAUAUGUCUUCAUUGAGUUGAGAUAUAUCUCCCUCUGUGAAGUCAGUAGGAUUAAAUUCUCGACUUGAUAAAGCAAUUUUCACUUAUUUUUCAAUGGUAAUGCAUAUAUAUUCCAGGUGGGAAGUCAGUACGUACUUUUGAUUAAUUUGAUGUUUGCCAAUCUAUGCAGCUGUAAUGAGGGUUAUGUGGUGUAGUCUUGCCAUGUUAUUGUCUGAAUUAGAUCAAUUUGCUCACAUUGACACAGAGCAAUUUGUCAAUCAUUUUUUUGUGAAUGGUUUGGGCGUUACUGUAGUAUAAUUUCCUAUUUGACAAAAUGAUUUAGUUUGAGUACAUAUACACAGAUAAUUUCUGUUCUGCUUAGAAAGGGCUUACAGAGCUUUUCAUUGUCAUAUUGGCCAUAUUUCACUUAACUGACAAUAUAGUGAGAUUGAAGGCACAUUUGCAGCUUAAAUAAUUUUCAUAUGUCUCCUCUAUUUCUGUAACUCAGUAUAUUUUUGAUAUUAUUCAAUUAAUUUCAUUUUUAUCUUAUUUUUUAUAUUCUUAUUCUUAUUACAAUUAUUAGAGGUAAGGGUAUCUGUAGAAUUUGAAUAUUCAGCAACUUUUUUCAUUUUUCUUGGAAGUUAGAAUAAGGUCCUCAUAUUUGAUGGCAAAUAUUUUAUCCAUAAAGUAGGGAUCAAUUUGUAGCUAAAUGGAAAAAAAAUCAUCAUUUUAUCAAAAAAUAAUAUAUGAAAUUUGCAUUGAAUUUUGAUUUUUAAGUCAUGGUUGAUCCUUUCUUCGAAAGUGCCAUCUUGUAAAUCAUGUUGAAAUCUAAUUGAUCAAAAAGUAAUUGUGAAACGAUCCCGGGGAUGUGUUUAAUAUGGUGAUAUUGAUAUGAGCUUGGGGCUUGAUUUGAUUAAUUGUAUUGAAUUAAGGCAUAAAGUGCUUGCGUGUAGAUAUAUAUGAAAUUCUAUAUUUUAUUAAAAACUAAGGUCACAAAUUAGCUGUUUUUCCUUAUUUUUGUUAUGAUAUAUUUAUCAAAUUUGGGCUUAUUUGGUGUUAAUGCAUUUGAACAAUUUUCAUUGGUCAGCACUAUUGUACAAAUGCUUAUAAAUUAUAUCUAAUGAACAAUGGUGGAGGUAGACUAAGGAAUACAUGACAAACAUGUUACCCAGUGCUUGUUUUCAAGGUUCCAUGACACUUGCUCCGGCGACAAUUGCUACGAAGGAAAAUCUGCACAAUAAGCCAAACAUAAAAUUUAACCUCCAUAAGUAAACCCUGAUCCUUACCUUUACAUUAUUCUGAACAAAAAAAAAACUCAGUCGUAACUUUAAAGCUAUGCCCUCUGAGAUAUGAGGACCAGAGCAAAUGUUGCAGGAGAAAAUGUUGUGUCAUUGCUUUGAAUUUCAUUUUCCAUCAAUGUUGUAUUCAAGUAAAUCUCACUAAUAUUCCUCAAUUUCAGAUAUUCAUGUUUCCUUUUAUUUUGUUUUCUAAUAGCAUCUUGAAUACUUGAAAAUUAUCAUCGCUAUAAUAAUAAUAAUCAAUCUGGGAUGGAAUAGUUGCCCCUCUUGUACAGAAAUAUUGAAAAUUAUAUUAGUUGCAUAUUGAUGUAACUGAGUUAUAAAUGUUAUAUUUCUGCAUGCAUCCUGCAUUCAUUGCAUAUUGAUUCGUAGUAUGCAAAACACCUUGAUUCUCUAUUUGUGCCAUUGAAAUUAAUUUGUUAGCGGGAAGCCUCCUAACUUGAUCCUGUUAUAGUGUCUAAUUGAUUUUGAUUAUAACGUAUGUGGUUAUAGGUAUUACUUACUCUUCUAUCUAAUAAACAGUUAUGUAACAUGUAUUAAUGAGAACUGUUGCAAGGCUAGCACUAUUGCAAAGUGAGUUCCCACUUCUACUAGUUCUAACUUUUGUCUUCAUAAGACAUGAAAAUGAUUUUUGACUUGGAUGAAGUUAGCAUUCAAACAAAUAUGAAAUAAGGUUGUUUUUAUUGAUGCGUUGCAAAUAGUUUAUUUGCAAUAGAUUACAAAUUUGCCACUGAAAUUUUACAAUUUGCAAUUAAUAUCAGCUGUAACCAGUCAGUUCAAUCUUUCAUUUGCAAGAAGAUUGUUUGACUUAUGAUUGAUUUGGGACCCAAAAUUGAUGUUCAAUUCAUUGCAAGUAAUGAAGUGCUGACAUUGUCAUGUCUGCUGUUGUGGUUACUGGUAAUAAACAAUAACCUCAUGCCUGA